CUCAGAAGCCAUUUUGAGAUGAUGUCCCUGUUGAGAAAGCCUAUGAAGAUGCUGAAAUCAACGAACAUGGUUACAUUUCUGUCUGUUUCUCCCACCGUCUCCUCUAUUUCACCAUGGCAGCUGUCAACCGACGGGACAUUAGCAAAGCGGGGUAUCAAGCUGCGCUCACAGAGUUAAAACGUCAUUGAUAUGAAAGAGGAGAGUGUCUGUUUACUGUCUCUGUCGAGACAUGUAACACCGUGAGUUUUUCUCCAGUCUGAAAUCUUCCAGCAUCUCUCACAACCCAACGUCUCCUUGAGUGACUGAGAUAAUUCACUCUUGUAACGUUACCGGAGAGAAAGGAGGCAGAUCCGUUUGCCAAUGGCUUCUGUGAGCCUUGUUUCCAGUCCCCCAGCCCCUGUUCUUGACAAAAACAUGACAGACUCUGAGCUUGCAGGGGAUGAAAGAGAGGAUGGCGAGCUGGAAGAUGGAGAAAUAGAUGAUGAAGGGAUUGGAAUUGAGGAGGAAAACAAAGAGGCUCCAGAGGUGAAUGAAGACAAAGAGAAGGAGAAGGAAAAAGAAAAGGUUAAAGAGAAAGAAGAGAAGACUCACAGGCACUCCAGGAAAAGAUACAAAAAGACCAGAGAGAAGAGGAGGUCUAAAAGGAGAAGGCGUGACAGACAGAAACACCACUCCCCCUCCAGCAGCUCCAGCUCUGACAGUUAUGACUCCGACUACGACCGACCUGAAAGGCCCAAAAACCGUAAGAGCCAGGGAUUUGAUGGCCAGUCCUCUCAGCACGGACGAGAUUCAAAGGGAGGCCAUGGCAACUCACAGAAGUCCCCGCCGCACAAGAGCAGUGACUUUGACAAAUACAGCGACUACAGUGAUGACAAGUACGACUACGAUGAAGAGGAGGAUGAUUAUGAAGAUGACAUGUCCGAGUAUUCACAGUCAAAAGAUUCCCAGUGUCAGGGAAAGGGACGCCACACUAAAGACCAGAUGAAGAGAGGAAGCAUGAGAGGGAUGAAACAACAGCAGUUUGGGCAGAGAGGAAGAGGCAGAGGGAGUGGGCCAGGAAGAGGACGUGGGAUGCUCAACAAGAACAAGAAGCUGAAGGGGAAACCCUGGGGAGGACGCGGGCGAGGUCGAGGAGGAGACCAAUGCAUGGAUGACAUGGUGCCAGAAGGAAAAAAUUCCUCCGGUUUUCAGAAGAAACGACCGAUCAUGAGUAAAGAGUUUAUCAAUCAGCACACGGUUGAACACAACGGCAGGUACAUCUGCAAGUAUUUCCUCGAGGGUCGAUGCAUCAAGGGGGAACAGUGCAAGUUCGAACAUGAGCUCGUCGUACCAGAUAAGAAAAAGGAACUCUGCAAAUUUUACCUCCAAGGCUACUGCAGCAAAGGAGAUAACUGCAUUUACAUGCACAAUGAAUACCCGUGCAAGUUCUUUCAUACUGGAGCUAAAUGUUAUCAAGGGGACAACUGCAAAUUCUCCCACGAGGCUCUGAAUGACGUGACCAAAGAGUUGCUCGAUAAGAUAAUAAACACUGAGGAGGAGAACGCCCGCGAGGAUGAGUUGGAGCUGGAGGAUUUGAGAAAGCAAGGUAUCGCCCCACUUCCGAAGCCUCCUCCUGGGGUGGGUCUGCUGCCCACUCCUGGUCAGAGCAGUCCUACAGAUGGAGCCUCUGGCCAGGCGGGGAAGAAGAUCCCCUCCCUGUUUGAAAUCAAGGUUCAACCUACUGUGGACUUGGCACAAAAAAUUGGUCUGAGUGGAUCCAACUACACCCAGAAUCAAGGUGAAGGCACCAGUCAGUUUAGCGGAGGCUCAGAGGACACACAGAGCGCAGGUAUGGUUCCUACAGCCCCCUCUGCUCCUCCGAUUCCUCCCCCUGGAUCACCUGUUCCCAUGGGUCACCCCACUGGAGCACCCAUGCCACAGAGCCCUCCAGGACAGCACCCACCACCUGGAUUUCCAGUGCAGCCACCAAUCCCCCCUGGUCAACCUCCACCCUUUCACGGGAACCGACCCAGUAUGAACCCGCAGAUGAACAUGCAGAGGCCUCCGUUCCCUCCUAUACCAGAUCUACAGAUGCUGCAAAGUCUCUUCCCAUUUCCGUCGUUGGGUCAGAACCCAGUAGAGUUGUUCAGCAGCUUCCUUCGAAACCAGGCCAUGGGUCAGCAAGGAGUAGACCCCAGUUUGGCCUUCAUGCAGAACCUCCAGCAGAUGGACGCAGAGUCACAGUUGCAGUCUUUACCACCAGCAGUGCAGAAGGCCAUCUUUUUACACCUGACACAGCAGCAGCAACAACAAGAGUCACAUCCACAGGGAAAUGAGCCACAGAGAGCAGAGGGCCAGGAUGAUAACAGUGCAAGCAGAGAUGAAACUACAAACUGGUACUCAAGCGACGAGGAGGAUGGAAGCUGUGUUUCCUCCAUCCUUAAAUCUCUCAAGAAGCAGAGUGAGAUGCAGCAGUCUCAGUCCAAGCCCCCCCAGGCUGCCCCUGUGGCUUUAGCACUGGGUGACCCUCGGCUUGUGAAGGAGAGGGCCCCACCCACUGACCCCCGUGUGAAGACAGACCCACGUCAGCGACCCCCGGAUAUGAAAAAGGAGUCUGAUGGAGCUGCAGACCCACGGUUCUCCAGAGACCCCAGGAAGAUGAGACCGAUGGAGCCGAGUUCUUAUCGCCAGCAGAGCCACCCUGUUCCUCAGAAGCCUCCUACGGGUGAUGAUGAUGAUGAAGGAGAGAGGGAGCUCAGGGACAAAGCGGUUCUCAUCCCUCUGGAUCCCAGCCCCAGUGCAGUGCUGCGGGAUCCUCGUUGUCAGUUAAAGCAGUUUAGCCACAUUCGGGUGGACAUCCUGCUCCAGCGGCCAGCCUUCGCUCAGACAGUGGUGUGGGCCCCUGAGGACCUCAUCCCUUCCCUGGUGCCCAAACAGGAACACUCCAUCAACCUGCCCCUUCCACCCCUAAUUGCAGAUGCUCAGAUGAACCGAACAAGCCUGUCUGACCAUCCCCCCGUCUCCAGCCCUCCACCGACUGACCCCAGACUGGUAGCUGCACGCUUGAAGGAACGUAUGAGUCGAUUACCCUCUGGAUCUCUAGAGUCUCGACCCUCCAUUGAAAGACCCAUAGAUCCACGCCAGCAAAAGACUCUGGACCCCAGACUAAAGCGUACAGGAAGUUUGGACUCCAAGUUGCUGGGUCAGAAGGUGCCCUCCUCUGGGGGAGGAGUUGUGGACCCCAGGUUACAGAAGGCCAGUGUGAGCUCCUCUCCUCAUGUUAUCCAAGCGAAGCCAGAGCCUGAGAGGCUGCCACCUUAUGCCCCUCGUCUGGCAUCCUCUGGUGGGGGGCUAGAGAGUCCCACUACAAUCCUCGGCGGCAUCAGUCUGUACGAUCCUCGUAAUCAAACCGAGCAAGCUCAGAAGGAGCAAGCAGAGCCUCCUAAAAAGGCAGGCAUUCUGAAACUCCCCAAGAAAGACAAUACCCCGCCUCUCUCACCAACCCAACGAAGCAGCUCUUUCGAAGAGGCCAAAAGCACAGACGUCGCCUCAGAUCAGCCUCCACCCUCCGGUUCUCCCACAGUGCCUCCCGCCUCACCCGUCAAACCUCCUGCAGUUCAUAACCUCCCCAUCCAGGCGCUGGCUGGACUGAUCCGACCCCAGUACACCGACCCCAGGCAGGCCAAACCAGGAGGACAGGGCUCUACAGGAGCACAAGAAGAGGCAGAGGAGAAGAAGCAGGAGGAAAAGAAGGAGCAGGAGGACGCCAUGGAGGAAGAACCAAAACAGGAUGAUCCAGAGGAGGAGGCAGAUGACAGGACACUGAAAGAUGUGUUCAAGACUUUUGAUCCAACUGCUUCUCCUUUCUGUCAGUAAACACAGCGUGGAAAUAUAAACAAGUUGCAGAAGAAUUGUAUUUUGAUGAGACGUGUCUAUUAAUCUUUAUUUAGCUUUACAUGAACCUAUUUAUUUCUGUAUAUAAAUGAUCCUGUAUAUAAUCGCAUACUAUCUAGUGCACUACACAUUUGUCCGUACGGAGAUGAUACUAGAUGUGCACAGACACAGUGUAUAGUUAUUUUAACUUAAUCAUAUCAAUGCUGAAAUGUUUGUUUUGACAGUGUGUGUGUUAGGGUCUUUUAUCAUUGUGUAUUUUUCAUGUAUGUUUUAAACAAUCAGAAAAAAGGAAUUAUUUAAACUUGUAUAGUUUUCACUAAGGACUGACCCGUAUGGGUUCAUUCCAGGCAUUACGACCUGUAGAAUAGAUCACUCCACAUGCAGAGACAUAACGCUACAUAAAUGAUCAAACAAUUAUUGUAAGAAUUCCCUCGAGAAGUUUUGUAUUUAUUUAUUUCACUUUUAUAUUACGAGAUGCUUCUGUUUAUGCUCACUUUUAUUAUAAGGGAUUUUUUCACAAUAAGUCAACAGACAUUUUUUUACAACACACCCUGAUAUAAGUUUAUGAUUGGUCAUCCUCUGGCAUGAUCAGAUAAUCAAAACAUAAAUAAAAUUAUCUACAAUAUUAGAUAGUUCUCUAAGUGCACUGAGAAGAAAUGUGUAAUUUCGCAACGUUGCAGCCAUUCAAUUUUUGCUUUGUACAUUGUUGGACCUUUUUUAAGUGGCCUAAAUGCUUCGAGGAUGUGACGUUACUGUUGUAGACUUUUCUAACUUGCUAAACGAGCAGUAAUAACAGUCAAUUGAGUGAAAUAAUAUUGGAAACUCAUUUCGAUCUGUCAUUGUAAUUCCUCGAAACACUGAUGAGAAGCUUGUAUAUAGCAGUUCAACUGUCAUUCACUUGUUUUCAUCAGAAUAAAAAAAGAAGUGUACUAUACAAAGAGAGAAAAUAUUAUCAUGUUCACAUUACAUUGAUAUAUAUUAUAUAAAUAUGGCAUUUAUAACUAUGUUUAAUGUUGAAUUUUGAGUUGACUGUAACUCACAGGGGGUUCUGUGUGCUACAAAGGGUGAGUGUUGUAGGCUGAAGGUGGCGUAACGCUCCGCUCGGUGCUGUGUCUGUUAAGGUGAGCUGUGUUGGACUGAAACUAAGCUAUGUACUUUUUUUUAUUGUUUUCAUAAUUCACAUUGUAAAUGCCUAUUUUGUAUCACGUGUACAGUCUGUUUUGAGUGUUUUAAUGAGAAAUACUUUGUUUUAUUCCUGUCAGUUUGGUGGUUAUGGUUGUAUUAAUACUGUAUGACAUUUUAACAACACAUAUGCCCGUCACAUUUCAGUGAUUUGAUUAUAAAUAUCUGAAAUAAAGACGUAAAACAUGAGGUGUUUUCUUUCAGAACCACA